UGCAACGUUUCUAAAGUAGCCGGACUAUUUAUAUCAACGUUACGUCAGAGAAAUCAUGACCAGGUUGCACCGUCAGUCAGACAACAUGGCGGCUACUGUCAAAGUGGUUUUACUGGCCAUCUCAUUCAGCUGUCUAGUGUCCACUGGGAGUUUGGUUGAUGCAGCUUUCGUGGAGACUCCAGAACCAGCCUAUGAUUAUAUCAUUGUUGGAGGAGGGACUGCAGGCUGCGUGUUGGCCGGCCGGUUGUCUGAAGAUGAUAACGUCACUGUGUUGUUACUGGAAGCAGGCGGUACUGACGCGGGGAACCAAAAUAUCCUAACCCCGGGCCUAGCACUUCUCAGCUUACGAAGUGACAUAGACUGGGUUUAUUACACAGAGCCUCAACCUGGCGUCAUGGAAGGAUUUGAAAACAAUAGGUCGUAUUGGCCAAGAGGAAAAGUUUUGGGUGGUAGUGACAGUAUCAGCAUAAUGCAGUGGGUCCGAGGCUCCAGACACGACUACAACAGGUGGGCUGAUUACCUGGGAACCAGUGACUGGGACUACAGACACGUCUUGCCUUACUUCAAGAAAUCUGAGGACAUGUUGAUUCCUGAACUUAGAAAUUCAGGCUACCACAACCAAAACGGCCCUAUACCUGUCUCCAGAUUUGACACCCAGCCUAUCGUGGAGGAGAUUAUCGACGCUGCCAGCACUGUUGGCUACCCUUAUAACCAGGACUACAAUGGUGAAAGUAUGAUAGGCGUAUCAUACAGCCAGGUCAACAGUAAAAACAGUCAGAGAUGGUCAACAAGUAGAGCGUAUCUCCAUCCAGUUAUCGACAGGUCGAACCUCCAUGUAACGCUGAAUGCCGCCGUCACGAAAAUAACGAUUAAACAGCAGAGGGCGCAGGGUGUGGUGUUCGUCAAAGGAGGUUACGAGUACACCAUCAGAGCCAGACGUGAGGUCAUCCUGUCUGCUGGGGUCAUCGGCUCUCCGCAGAUUCUCAUGUUGUCUGGGGUCGGCCCUAGGAAACAUCUGGAAAGUUUCAAGAUACCUGUACUAGCUGACCUACCUGUUGGAGAAAAUCUGCAAGAUCACAUGACCUUUGACGUGGGUGUUAAAAUAAAUGAAUCGUUAAGUGUUAAUCCAUCGAGUCUAGGCUCCCCAAUGAACAUUCAACAAUACUUUACCAACGGCACAGGUCCCCUAGCAUCGACCUUAGCCGAGUCCAUGGCGUUUAAACGUUUAUCUGGAGGGGCGUCAAACAAAAACUGGCCAGACCUGCAGUUGUUGUUUCUCAGUGUUUUACCUGGACCCGCGGGGAGUGUCUUUGGUUACAACUCACACGUGAUAGCUGACAUGUCGAAAAGAGCGACUGCCAAGUAUGGGUUCUCGUGUUUUCCUGUGUUGUUACGUCCGGCCAGUCGAGGAAAAAUCACCUUACGAUCAGCAAACCCUUUCAUUUACCCGAAAAUAGAAGCCAAUUAUUUGGAUAAACAGGCGGACGUGGAGACUUUGAUCAAAGGAAUCCGCGAAUGUCACAAACUGGUCAACACCCCAACAAUGAAAGCUAUCGGAGCUGAGUUGACUGAGGACACGCCAGCCUCGCAAUGUGCACAACACAGGUUCGGAUCCCUCGGGUACUGGGAGUGUCUGGUCAAGCUGAGGGCCAGCACUGAGUACCACCCUGUGGGGACAUGCAAGAUGGGACCAAGGAGAGACAGAACAGCUGUCCUGGACGAAAAACUCAGGGUUCGUGGUAUAUCAGGCCUCCGUGUGGUAGACGCCUCUGUGAUGCCAUGGAUUGUGUCAGGGGAUAUAAGCGCUUCUAUUGUUAUGAUAGCUGAGAAGGCAGCGGAUAUGAUUAAAGGGAAACAACUCAUGCCUUCCAGAAACCUUGAAAGAUGUUAAUAUAACACAGUUAUCUCUCGUAUAACAAUAAACACAACAUAGAUUAGCUUUGCUAUAAUUUUUAUUAAUCUUCGUAGUAGAUGUAACAUUAAGGUCACUACCUAAACACGAAAUUAUUUUGUUUAUUUUACAAGCGCUUUUGUAACACUAAGCUCAUUAAAAUUGAUGUAACUAUA